CUAUCGAUUCGGUUGAAAUCAUCGCCAUGGAGUCGGCGGACACGCUCUUGGAGGAGCAGAAGCUCAUGGCCGAGGCGAAAUAUCGCCAAUAUAUGAGCAACAUUGAUAAAGCGCUGCGCAAUUUUGAAUAUUCCAGUGAGUGGGCGGAUCUCAUAGCGGCACUGGGCAAACUAAGCAAGGCCAUAUCAAGCAAUGCGCAGUACCAGAUCAUACCGCGACGCUUGAAGAUAGCCAAGCGACUGGCACAAUGCAUGCAUCCCGCUCUGCCCUCCGGUGUGCACUUGAAGGCCCUGGAAACAUACUCUGUGAUAUUCAGCAAGACGGGACCCGAACGUCUGGCCACAGAGUUUAUAUAUGGUGCUGGACUCUUUCCACUGCUUGGCUAUGCGGCCAUGAAUGUGCGGCCGGCGCUGCUGACCAUCUACGAGACAUACUUUGUGCCGCUGGGCGAUAAGUUGCGUCCGGCGCUGAGUGGAUUUCUGAGCGGUGUGCUGCCCGGCUACGACUGUGGCUUGGAUCACUUUGAGCGCAUCAGUGCGCUGCUCAAAAAUGUUUGCGUUGCCGUCAAUCCAAUGCACUUUUAUACCGUGCUGUGGGAAUCGGUGGCCAAUAAUGCUUCGAUUCGUUUGCCAGCCAUUACGUUUCUGCUGGAGCACUUUAACAAGCGGCUGGAUAUGGAGAAGCAAACGUAUAUAAUGGGUCACAAUCGCGAGAUUAUGAUGUCGGCGCUGUGCGCCUGUCUCAAUGAUUCGCUGAUAUUGGUGCAGCGUAAUACGCUCGAGUUCCUGCUGCUGGGCUUCCCGAUGCACACCAAGCUGCUGGAUGAGGAGCAGCUCGUGCUGCUGGUCACAAAUGGCUUGAAUACAAUAUUACGCCGUGAUAUGUCUCUAAACCGGCGCCUCUUCUCAUGGCUGCUGGCCAGCGAGAUAACCAAAAACUCACCCACAUAUGAUACACUGUCGCUGGACUCGGCGGCGCCGGCCGAUGGCCAGAAGGAGGAACCAUAUUUUAUUACACAUUCGCGGCAUAUACUCAUUAGCGCGCUGGUGAAUACGCUGCGGCUGAGCCUGGAGUGCCAGCCGAUGGAUCUGAAGCCGUAUCGCAUUAUGCUCUCGCUGUUGGACAAGGCGGAGAUCGGCAGCGCCGUGCUGGACUUUGUGCUGCACGAUAUAAUACGAGCGAUGUACAUUUCUAGCAGCAAUGCGGACGCGCUCAAGUCGGCCAAUCUGCUCUUUGCUACAUUCGAUCCGGCGUAUAUAUGGAGCUAUAUGACCAACAUGUUUGAGCGCGCCUGCCAACAGGCGCCCAGCUCUGCCCAGUCCAAUAGCGAUGGCAAAUUCGCCAGCACCGUUGGCUCCGGCGACCCGUGUGUGCUUGAAACGUGCAUGCUAACUGAAUUCCUGCUGGAGACCAUCUCACUGGAGAUGUAUACGGAAACCACACGCGUCUAUCUGCCCAAAGUAUUUCUAUCGAUCAUCCAGCUGCUCUCCCUGCACAUGGAUCGCCUGAGCAGUGACGAGGUGACCGCCUCCCUGAAGCUAUGCAUGAAGAUUGUCUCACGAGUGCAGCCAAUGAUAACUAGCCCCAUAAAGCUGAACAAACUGAUGGAGCAGAACAGCCACUCAGAGUCGGAGGAGAAGACUGUGAAUGCGAAUAGCAGCAGCAACAAUACUCUGGAGUCUGCAAUGCAAGCGAAUGCCUUGGAGAAGAGUAAAUCCGAUUCGCGCUUGAAUCAGUUUGGCGAGCACUCACAAAACGCCGAGCCCAACGACGAGGAGCUCAUCAGGCGCUCAGCGUCCAAUCAGAGCGUCGUGCGACACAGUCCCAAAAAGAAAGCCAAAUCCUUCUCACGACUCUCCGAACUGGAUAAGGAUAUCAGCAACUCGGACACGGGACAGCAGUCCUCCUCGGAUCUGGAUACGCCGCGCAGCAUUAAGAAGAUCAAGGUCAAGGCCAAGGCCAAGGUGCCCUUCAUACGCAGCAGCCCGAAGAAAACGCGACCCAGCAACAUUGUCAUUGCACCCAGCACUGCGACGCCGGCUGAUGCCACCGACGAGGCUGGCGUGGAGCCACCCAAGAGUGCACCACCCCAGAAUUGCCCGGAGUUUCAGCUGGACGAUGAGCAGUCGAAGGCAACGCAACAGCGUGGCUUUUCCAUACUGGAGAAGUGCAUACGACAAUAUGAGAUCUUCUUUGAGGUCUAUUUGUCGCGUCAGCUGCUGCAAAUCGAGACGAGCUCUGGCAGCACGGAGCUCAACGAUGGCGGCAGCAACAGAUGCGCCAUCAAGGUGCAGCUGCAGCGCAGCUCUAGUCACAGCUCCAGUCACAGCUCGACCCUGUUCAUGGUCGAACAGGUGCUGGAGUAUCACUGCCCGGCGCGUGAGUCACAAAUCGAACGACUCUUUGGACUGCUGCGUGUGGAUUUGCUGCCACGUGCGAAGCAGCUGCAACGUUUACUGAAUCUCUCACUGCCCACAACGACGGCCAGUGAGCUGAGCAGCGACAGCGAUGCAGCCGAGGAGCCACAGCAGAAGCAUCCAAUCGACGCACAGACCCAACGCAACGUCCAACAGCUGGCCGAGCUGCAGUUGCCCGCUGCAUUGCGCAAUGCCGUCAAAUUGGCGUCCACGCUGCUCGUGGAGAUGUCCACGUUUCCCAACUGCAAUAAGCACAUUGUGAUGGACAAGAAUGAACCCGAGCUGCCCAAUUGGCUGAAGGUGCUCUGCCUGGUGGCCUGCUUUGCGCAGAAUGACAAGGAGCUGCAGGUGGCUGCCAUAACGACGCUCUUCGAUUUGAUUAGUCUCCUGCGCUCGCAGAUCGAGCAUACGACGAGUCCAGGUGUGACAUUUGUUGUCAUGUUGCCGCUGCUGAAAUUUGGCCACGUUAGCCAUAUGGAGCAGCAUACGCGCGUCUUUCAGCUGGUCACCUCCAUAUUGUGGGACUAUUUGGGCACACCGGGCAUCGAUCCUGCGCAGAUUGCGGCGCUGCUGUAUCAGCUGCACAGCUGCCUGGAAUCGGGUUUGGUUGAGACUGUGAUUGGCAAUCGCAUGCAUGCACAGCAUUUGCUGCAGAGCCCGGCUCAGACGGGACUCGGCACGGGCAGCGCCCUGCGUAACUUCCAACUGGAGCGAGUGACAGACGCCCAGCUGCUGUGCCCCACGGCCUGUCUGGAUCGUCUGCGCGAGAGUCAGGCGCGCAGCUACAAGAAAUUCGAGCUGCUCUGGCAUCUGGGCCGGGAUAAGCAGAUGUCGCGUGGAUUUGAGAAGACGCUGCUCAAGGUGCUCGACACACUGGCCCUGCCGCACUACAUGUCCGAGCGGACGUUCGUGACCAACUGGUUGCAGGCGUCGUUGCUUCGCGGCGAUUUGGCACGCCUCACCAAGCCGCUCUACAAGAUCUUGCUCUCAGCGAACUCGCGGCGUGUGGGCAUUGUCCACAUGCAGCAAUUGUAUCGCGAGUCGGCGGACGUCGAACAGGCUGGGGAUGAGGAUCAACAGGCGCCAGCGUUUGAGCGCGAUGUCUAUGCCAUUAGCUCCGAGCAGGGCAAUGUCAAGUAUCAUCACAUGGAGGCGGCCAGCAGUAGUGGCAGCGCUGCUAACGGCGCCGGCAAGAAGAAGAGCCCCAUCAGGCAUCUGCCCAAGAAGAUCUUCGGCGUCACGUUGAGUGGCAAAACGAAUAAAACCUCGAAUUUUGUGAGUGAUAAAACGCCAUUGGCUAGCGAAGCUUUGCAGGACAUCAACACAAUUGGCCUGAUCAUAAAUCCCUUGGAGAAUGCGCACGAUUUCGACGAUGAAACGGAUCUGGAGGAGCCACGCAUUGAGCUGGUGCACACAGCGGGCAAAGAUGCGCCACAAACGCCGCUGGAACAGAAGCUGGCGAGCGCCAUGGACGAGAGCGACACGACGCAGCUGCUGGCACCCGCUGCGGCAGUCGAGCAGGAGCCGUCGUUGCACUUCGAGCAGGAUAUCACCGACAAUUCGGAGAGCAGCGAUUUCGAGUCGGACUCCGAGCUGCGCGAGACCAGCAUCGAGAAGGAGGACAGCUUGACCAUCAGCUCGAGCGGAGCCGGCGGUGGGGGCGACGAUGUCAAGCGCUUUGUGGGAGACUGCGAGCGUGUGACUGAAGCGUUGACACAGCACGAGCGGAUCAAGAGCCGCAAAGCGUAUCGAGUGACGCGAGAGAAGACGCCAGGCGAGUCGAGCCUGAAUGAGCCCGAGGAGCCGGCGCCAGUGGACAAUGAGCAUGCCCUGCCAGCGGAUGAAUACUUCAGCGAGGCAGCCGUGGGCAAGAAAUUGGCCAAUGAGCUGCGCAAGCGUAAGAAGCUCUUGACCAGCAGCGAGAAGAAGCGGCUGAGCUGCAUCUCCAAAACGUCGACGGACAGCAAUCACAGCAAUCCGGCCGAGUCCCUAGAAACAGAAGCAACAACAGCAACUGGCGCCAGCGCCGGUGCCGCGCACAGCGAUGAGGAGACAGAGCUGGCCAAUGAGCCGUCGAGCAACCAGAGCACCAUCAAUGUGGAGGAUAAGCGACGCAAUCUCUCCCUGGAGACGAGCAAACUGCAGCCGGAUUGGCAGAAGACGCUCGAGAAGGGCAAACAGAAUGUGGAAAUCUUGCGACAGAAUGCAGCGGCAGCGGCAGCAGCAGCAGCAGCUGCAGCUGCGGCAGAGGAGCAGCUGAGCAUACGCUCGUCGACGAAGAGCAGCAGCUCCCUGGGCAUUGGCACGUCCAGGCAGACGGAUGCAGCGCAGCUCUAUCACAAUCAUUUGCUGCUCUACCUGGCCAUCUAUGAUACGCGACAGACGCUCUAUGCGCUGCAGACGCUGCGGAACAUAAUUUGCUGCGACAAGCGCACCUUCCUCUGUCUCUCGAUAACGACGUCGUUCAGCAGCGGCAGCCUGAAGCAGCUGCUCAUCCGGCAUCGGAAGAGCAUCUCGGGCAAGGGAUUCGCCGGCAGCGUUAGCAAUUCGGAGUAUGCCCAGGGCUAUCGGGGCUGCAUGCAGCUGGAGCUGUUGGUCACAUUGCUGUUGUUCUAUGCGCGUGGAUAUUUUCAGCGCGAGUCCUUGGAUCCGCAACGGCAGCCGCCCACGCUGCAGGAUGUGGUGAACAAUCGUCGCAUUCAGCUGGAGAGCAUCGAGCUGCUGGCCCUGAUCUGCGCCGAGCUCAUCGACAUUGUCAAGGGCAUGGGCCGUGGCCUGGCCUGCUACAUUGCGGAUCUGCUGGUGCGCGCCAAGCUGCAGAAGGUGAUGCUGCACUGCCUCAAUAGCUCCGUCUGCAGCUAUGCUAGGCGCGCGGGCAGCAGUUAUGCGGAUCAGGUGCUCAGCUUCAAUGAUCCGCAGGACGAUCAGCUGCACGCCGAUUGCUUCCAGCUGCAGCUGUUGCGUUUGCUUCUGUCCGUUAUACGGCUGGAGCAUGAGGUGCAUCAGCUGCGCCAGGAUACGCCCAGCGCUGGCGCUGCUGAGGAUGCGAAUGCCUCGGGCAAUGCCUCGCCCACACGGCUGGCCGAGGGCGCCGCUGCCAAUGUCAAGUACUUGCCCAACUGCCUGAUCAGCCAGCAGCCGAUGUUUCUGGCCGCCGUGCUGGGUGCACUGCAGCAGGAGCGCCUGCGGCACUUGCAUCGCAACUGGACGGAUCUGGUGACCAGUUCGCUGAACUGCUUCAGCUUCGGUUCGCUGACGAACAUCGUGAUCAGUGUGGUGCAUCAAUUGUGCAAUAAUCUGGAUCGUCUGGCCAAGCUGACGCUGCCCCAGCAGCGCCACUUUCCGCCGGACUAUGUGCUCUCCCAGCUGGAGGCACUCACCAUCCUAUGUCACUAUUGCCUGCUGGACAAUACGCAGCAGACGGCGCUGUCGCAUCUCUUCAACCAGGCCUAUCCGCAGACGAGCGUGGCCGCCCAAUCCUCCAGCACCGGGCAGCUGCUCAACAGCAUUGUGCACUCGUUUCUCUCGGCCAGUGAGUCCACAUCGACAGCAACGGCUCCGCGUAAUCCUCAGCUGCAGGCCGCACGCAACGCUGUGCUCUCGCACCUGCCGCGCAUCAUGACCAGCGUGGCGGCCAUCUGGGACAGCGAACUGGGCCAGCUGCGUCCGGUGCGGCAGCAGCUGUUGGAAUUCCUCUCGCCCGUCUCACUGCAUCAUGGCUGCAAUUUCCUAACGGCCAUCGCCGUCACCUGGCAGCAACGUGGCAGCACCGGCAGCACCGGCAGCGCCAGCAGCUCCUCCGACAUUGCGGAACAGUUCCAGCGCAACUCCACGCUGCAGGCUUGCCCGGCACAGUUGAGCCUGGUCUCGCUGGUCUCCAGCAUACGGGUGAUGCCCAUGGACUCGUUUGUGCAGACCCUGCAUCAGGUGGUAAAGUCGCCGCCGCCCAUCCACCGCCCGCCCGCCCAGUUGAGCAUUGAGGUGAGUGCGCUGGAGCUGUUCUAUUUCUACAUGAGAUCAGCGCCAGCGCCACAGCUGGCCGAUGCUUGGGCUUCGUUGCUGGCGCUCAUCCGGGACGGUUUGAAUCUCACGCCACCGGCGCAAUUCGCGCUGCUGAUGCUGCUCAAUGAGUUUGUGCAGCGCUGUCCCCAGAUGCCGUUCUCGGAUAAGAAGGAGGUGCGCGAGCUGCACGACGUGACGGCCCGGCUGGUGGAAUCGCUGUCUGGUGUGGCGGGCGCCUGCCUGGAGCAGACCACCUGGCUGCGGCGCAAUCUGGCCGUCAAGGAGGACACCGAUGGCCUGGCCAAGGAUAACAGCCUGGGCGGCGGCAUUCAGCAAUAUUCGCUGCAAGCGCAGAGCGUCCUGGCCAGCAUCCUGUCGAACCUGCUGGAUGUCGCCUACGGCUCGCAGGAGAAGGACAAGGUGGUGACAAUUGUGACGACGCUGUUGUACAAUAUAACGCCGUAUCUGAAGAAUCAUACGGCACGCAAUGUGCCCUUCUUCUAUGCCUGCUCCGCCCUGCUGGCCAGCCUCAGUGGCUAUCAGUAUACGCGCAAGGCGUGGCGCAAGGAUAUGCUGGAUCUGCUGCUCGAUCCGGCCUUCUUUCAAAUGCACAUCUCAUGCCUGCCCUUCUGGCGCCAGAUCAUGGACAGCCUGAUGACCUACGACAAUAUCACAUUCCGGGAGCUAAUGACACGGGUCAGCCUCUCGCAGGCGGGCGGCCUGAGCAUCUUUGCGCCCAGGGAGCAGGAGUACGAGCUGCGUGCGAUGCUGCUCAAGCGACUCGCCUUCGUCAUCUACUGCAGUGAAUACGAUCAGCAUAACAAGUAUAUGCCGGACAUUCAGGAGCAAUUGGCCAACAAUUUGCGUUUGGUUCCCCUUGGCCCAUCGGUGCAGGCGGCCGUGUUUCUCUGCUUCCGUGUCCUGCUGCUGCGCAUGUCCGCCGAUCAUGUGACCUCGCUGUGGCCCAUCAUCAUUGCCGAAAUGGUGCAGGUGUUUCUGCAAAUGGAACAGGAACUCAAGGCGGAGAGCGAUGAGCGCGGUCAACAAACACGCCUGCUGCCUGGCAUUGAUGUCUCCUGGUCAUCCUCCAACUCGAGUGCCCCAAAUGGAAUCAACGCCCAGACACCGAUGCAGCAGUGGCGCGCGGUGCAGCUGGAGGCUUGCAAGCUGCUCGAGCUGGGUUGUGUGCUGCCGGCGACAAAGCUGCCGCAGUUCCAGAUGUAUCGCUGGGCCUUUGUGGGCACCGAGUUCGAUGUGCACGAGGAGGUCGUCUCACUGCCCGUGCCCAACGGAAGCAUCGAGAACUUGGCUGCCUUGCCGAACGCGCUGUAUGUGCCGCAUGUGCGACGUGUGGCACGGCUGAUGGACAUGAAGUAUACGAGCCACUCGCCGUUGUUGCAGCGUCCACGCAAUCGUCAUCUGAUGCUGAAUUUCCAGCAGUUGCAGUCGCUGCUGGAGCUCUAUCCGUUCUUCUGUACGCUGGGCGUGAGCUGCACGAAUACGUGCAACUAUUCGGAUACCGAACAGAAUGUGUCCAAUUGCUUGCAGGAGAUUGAGGAUCUGUUGGCGCAAGAUUUUCUGGAGAAAUUGCCGAGUAUUACGACGCCCAGAUGAAAACUGGUGGCUGGCGGCGGCGGAGCAGGAGGCGGAGGCGGAGGCGUGGGUGCAGCAAGCAGCAGGCAGACGACACAGGCGAACAUCCAAACGACAAGCCUAACAAAGUUCGAGCUGGAGCUUAAUCUAAGCGGAGCAACGCCCACAAUUAAUGGUCAGGCGGCGCGCAUCUUUGCGGCUGUGCAAGCGAAGCUGAGCAGCCAGAAUGCAGAGACGAGCUUCAUGCAGAAAUCAAACAACAAGACCAACUUUCCAUUUUAUGUUUAACGAGAAAGAUUGAGAGAGAGGAGGAGGAGAACGGCGAAAGUCACGUUACGUUACGAAUAGCUAGUUAGAUAGAUGCAGUCUAGUAUAUAUAUUAUACAAUGUAUUAAUGUAUUGAAUAUUGUAUGUUUAUAGCUUGUUGAGUAA